AUGGCUGAAAUCGUUCUUUCUGCAUUCUUGACAGUAGUCUUUGAAAAGCUGGCCUCUGAAGCCUUGAAGAAGAUCGCUCGCUCCAAGGGGAUUGAUUCUGAGCUCAAGAAACUGAAGAGGUCAUUAAUCCAGAUCAGAUCUGUGCUUAAUGAUGCUUCUGAGAAGGAAAUAAGUGAUGAAGCUGUUAAAGAAUGGCUGAAUGGUCUCCAACAUUUGUCUUACGACAUAGAUGACCUACUUGAUGAUUUGGCAACCGAAACUAUACAUCGUGAGUUGACCCACGAAUCUGGAGCCUCCACCAGCUUGGUAAGAAAGAUAAUCCCAACUUGUUGCACAAAUUUCUCACUAAGUAGUAAGAUGCGUAACAAGUUAGAUAAUAUUACCAUCAAGUUACAAGAACUGGUAGAGGAAAAAGAUAAUCUUGGUUUAAGUGUGAAAGGCGAAAGCCCAAAACAUACCAACAGAAGAUUACAGACCUCUUUGGUAGAUGCAUCUAGCAUUAUUGGUCGUGAAGGUGAUAAGGAAGCGUUGCUCCAUAAGCUGCUGGGGGAUGAACCAAGUGAUAGAAACUAUAGCAUUGUGCCGAUAGUUGGUAUGGGUGGGGUGGGUAAGACCACUCUAGCUAGACUUUUGUAUGACGAGAUACAAGGGAAGGAUCAAUUCGAAGUCAAGGCCUGGGUUUGUGUUUCUGACGAGUUUGAUAUCUUUGGUAUAAGCAAAACUAUCUUCGAUUCCAUAGGUGGGGGAAACCACGAAAUUAAGGAUUUAAAUUUGCUUCAAGUAGCUAUAAAAGAAAAGAUUUCAAAAAAACGAUUUCUUCUAGUUCUUGACGAUGUUUGGAGUGAAAGCUAUGCCGAUUGGGAAAUUUUGGAACGCCCAUUUCUUGCAGGGGCACCGGGAAGUAAGAUUAUCAUGACGACCCGGAAGUUGUCGUUGCUAACCAAACUUGGUUACAAUCAACCUUAUAGCCUUUCGGUUUUGUCACGUGAUAAUGCUUUAUCUUUAUUUUGUCAACAUGCCCUGGGGAAAACUAACUUUGACUCACAUCCAACACUAAAACCACAUGGCAAAGGUAUUAUAAAAAAAUGUGCUGGUUUGCCAUUGGCUUUGAUCGCACUUGGGAGGUUGUUGAGGACAAAAACAGACGAAGAAGAAUGGAAGGAUUUGCUGAAUAAUGAAAUAUGGGAUUCAGGAAAGGGAGAUGAGAUUGUUCCGGCUCUUAAACUAAGCUACAAUGAUCUCUCUGCCUCUUUAAAGCAGUUGUUUGCAUACUGCUCCUUGUUCCCAAAAGACUAUGUGUUCGAUAAGGAAGAGUUGAUUUUGUUGUGGAUGGCAGAAGGGUUUUUGCACCAAUCAACCGCAAGCAAGUCAAUGGAACGCUUAGGAGAUUUUUUUUCAAGGUUAGACAUUGAGAUGAAGAGGGAAUUUAGGAAGGAAGCUUUGGAGAAGCACCGCCAUUUCUCAUUUGUUUGUGAGAGAUACAUGGUUUACAAAAGGUUUGAGGCAUUCAAAGGAGCUGGAAGUUUGAGAACAUUCUUAGCAGUGUAUGCUGGGAAAAAAGAAAGUUGGAGAACAUUUUACUUAUCAAAUAAGGUCCUUGAUGACUUACUUCUCGAGUUACCUUUGUUAAGGGUUCUAAGUUUGUGUCAACUUAGCAUAUGUGAGACGUUGAUUGUUUCUGGCUGUUAUUGUUUAAAAAAGUUGCCUGAGAGCCUCGCAAAGCUCAAAUAUUUGCGGCAUUUUGACAUGAGGAAUACUCCAAGUGUAAAGAAGGUGCCCUUAGGGAUUCUUGAGUUGAAAAGCCUACAAACUCUGUAUGGGGUUGCUUUUGGAGGAGACAACGGAUUUUCAAUAAUUGACAUUAAAGAUUUAAAGGCUCUCCAAGGGAAAAUUACCAUUAAGGGGCUGGAAAAAGUACAAGGCUCAAUGCAUGCACGGGAAGCGAACUUAUCUGAAAAGAAGAUAAGUGAGUUAGAGUUGGAAUGGAGUGAUGAAUUUGAUGGUUCUCGAAAGGAAACGCUUGAAAAGGAGGUUCUCACUGAGCUCAAGCCUCAUAAUGAUACUUUAAAAGAACUAAAAAUCGUGUCAUAUGGAGGUAUAGAGUUUCCAAGUUGGGUUGGGCAUCCCUCGUUUGGUCAGCUGACUCGUGUUUCGAUAUAUGGGUGUAAAAAGUGUACAUAUCUACCGCCACUUGGGCAGCUGCCAUCACUUAAGGAGUUGUUUAUUAAUGGCAUGGAUGAGGUGAAAGGUGUGGGUUUGGAGUUUCUUGGGACUACUGGUCUUGCAUUCCCAUCACUUGAACAUGUAACUUUUCGAGAUAUGAAAGGGUGGGAGGCAUGGUCAACCAAUAAUAAUGGGGUAAUUGUUGAUACAACAUUUCCAUGCCUUCAGAGGCUUUGGUUAGAGAAUUGUCCUAAUUUGGUUAGAGUCUCAGUUGAAGCAUUACCUUCCCUGAGGAGUCUAAGGAUAAGUGGGUGCGGUCAUGAAGUGUUAGGAAGUCUGGUUCGUGUAGCUUCAUCGAUCACCAGCUUGAGUAUAAGUUCUAUUUCAGGACUUAAUGAUCAGGUGUGGGGAGGUGUUAUAGAGUAUCUUGGGGCAGUUGAAGAACUAAAUAUUGAAGACUGUAAUGAAAUAAGAUACUUGUGGGAAUCAGAAGCAGAGGCAAGUAAGAUUCUUGUGAAUUUAAGGAAGUUGGAUGUAGCUAGUUGUUCGAAUUUGGUGAGCUUAGGAGAGAAAGAGGAGGAUAAUUCUGGGAGCAACCUAACGUCUCUUACGACCUUGGGCGUAUGGAAUUGUAAAAUCUUGGAGCAUUGCAGCUGUCCAAAUAGCCUCAAGUCACUUUUCAUCCAGAAUUGUGAUAAUCUGUUGGAAAAGGAGUUGCUAGGAGGACGAGAGAAGCCUCUGAUCAACUCAGACAUACUCAUGCUUGAAUCUGUAUAUAUACAUAAUUGGCCAAAUCUGAAAUCUAUCACUGAUUUGAGUUCCUUCAAUCACCUCAGGGAACUUGUAAUAACAAAUUGUCCAAAUAUGGAGUCAUUUCCUGACCACGAGUUGCCAGAACUCAAUGUGUUAACACAUCUGAGAAUAUUAAAUUGUCAAAGUAUGGAUUCUUCCUUUUCUCGUGGGCUUUGGCCUCCAAAGCUGUCCUCUCUUGAAAUAGGGGGGUUGAAGAAGUCCAUUUCAAAGUGGGGCCCACAGACUUUUCCAGCCUCGCUUGUGGACCUAUUGUUAGUAGGUGGACAGUCGGAGGAUGUGAGUAAUUUCAGUCAAUUGUCCCAUCUUCUUCCUUCAUCUCUUACUUCUCUUGAAAUAUACGAUUUUGAGAAAGUGGAAUCAGUUUCAAUGGGACUCCAACACCUCACCUCCCUCCAGGGUCUCCGCCUUUACAACUGCCCAAAGAUAAUUGAUCUACCAGAAAUGUUGCUGCCUUCACUCUUGAGAUAUCCUGAGGAGUUACAAACUUACUCUGAAGUUUCUAUUCUGCACUCUUUGCUUUCUGAAAUUUUGGUCAGACACUUUGAGAAAGUGAAAUAA